CGCUCAGCAUCGAGAUCAAAAGAUUUCGAGGUCAUCGACUCCACUGUGAAAUUUGUGCCAACCCCCGAAGGGGAGUUGCAACAAAAAAAGAGUGUCACACAUACGGUAUCCCUCCACGAAAUCGACGUGAUCAAUUCUCAGGCUCGAGGAGUCCUUUCGUUGUUUGCUGGCGAUACUGGAGAAAUUUCUGCGGAGAUCCGAUCGCGCAUAGAUGAGCGAGUUCGCGAGUGGGUAUCCACUGGAAAGGCUGAGAUAGUACCUGGGGUCUUGUUCAUCGAUGAAGUUCAUAUGUUAGAUUUGGAGUGUUUCUCAUUUUUGAAUAAUGCGAUUGAACAGGAAAUGUCGCCAACUAUGGUGAUGGCAACUAAUAGAGGAAAUGUGAAGAUUAGAGGAACGAAUGAAGUCUCUCCACAUGGUAUUCCAGGCGACUUCUUGGAUAGACUAAUCAUAGUUAAUACUCAAGAAUACACUUUGGAUGAAAUACGACUGAUUCUGAGUGUCAGAGCAGAGGAAGAAGGAGUCAAACUGACUGCUGGAGCUCUGGACGCCCUUAAAGAGACUGCAAAAGGCGCGAGUCUGAGAUAUGCCAUGCAACUCAUCUCGUUGGCGAUGAUCAAAGCGAAAAAGAGAGGAGAAGAGGUUGUUGAUACGAUCGAUAUCCAGAGGAUGUAUGAGCUCUACUUUGACGCGUCGAGAUCGAGCAGACUCAUGCAACCGGAGACGAAGAUGGAUGAGAACUGA